AUGGAAGGUGGCAAAAAGAGGACAAAGAAGAUUCUCUGGCGUCAAAGGUUCAAGCAGGUGCCUGGGCCUAGUAGACCUGCUGGUGGGGUAUCAGCCGAGGAAUCGGCAAGGCCUUUGCGGAGGCCAAGUGAAUGGACCUGGAGCCUCUUUGUCAUGACUGUGCCAGGGUCAGGUGAGAUGAUCAGGCUGCUUGAGAUGCCCCGGGCUGCUGGGGCGGGGGGCGCCAAGAUGCUUGCCUCCGCGAUCCCAACGGCAUUCGCAGGGGGCGGCACAACGGGAGGCGGUACUGCGGUGCAAAUGCCGCCCGUGAUGCCCCUGCCACCGCCACCCUCGGCAGCUGCUGCACAGUGGGCUCAACAUGCUUACACUGCCAGCACGCAGGCAGCAGCAGCCAAAGCUGCAGCAGCCAAGGCAGCCGAGGUGGCAGCGGCACAGGCCGCAGCGGCCCAGGCUGCGGCCACUCAGGCGCAGGUAGCGCAGGUCAGCGCGCAACAAGCGGCGGCCGCGCAGGUGGCACAGUCCCUGGGCUACAACGUGGCUCCUGUCGGUGUUCCCACAGCAGCUGCAUACGGGGAUCUGCCGUCUGCAGCACCGCCAUAUGGCCUUAGCUCUCCGAACCCCAUGCCGACAACCCUAUCUUCAGUGCACCCGCUGUGGAUCUUGCCGGCUGCUCUGGCAGCAUCUUGCUUCGAAGGAGCACGACCUGGGUCAAAACCAUCGCCGGGCGAGUUCCUGCCAUCUGUUCCGGCGGACUUCAUCGAAAGCUCAAAGAUUUGCUUUCGGCAAGAGCAGCUCUCGAGCUCGGACGAGACGGACAGUGGAAUGUGA